UAAAUAUGGAAUCUAGUGCUUCAUUCAGACCCCUUGUUGUAGUUGGACCUUCAGGUGUUGGGAAAGGUACGCUAAUCAAGAAAGUCUUCGAUAAAUAUGUUGACAAAUUCUCAUUCUCUGUCUCUUACACGACUAGAGAUCCAAGAGAGGGUGAAGAGAAUGGAGUCCAUUACCACUUCAUUGAUCACGAACAAUUCCAAAAAAUGGAGGAUGAAGAUGGAUUCAUUGAAUCCUGCAACGUUCAUACUAAGAAGUACGGAACUGCAGUGUGCGAAUUAGAUAGAAUUAAGAGCGAAAAGAAGAUUCCUGUCCUUGACAUUGACGUACAAGGAGCUACCAAAGUAAAUUCCAAAGGCAUUGACUCCGUGUUUAUCUUUAUCAAACCUACUGAUUCAGAAGAUAUUGAGGAAGUCAGGAAAAUUCUUUCAGAUCGACUUCACGGAAGAGGAACUGAAAAUGAGGAACAGAUUCAGGGGAGAAUUGAUCAAGCCGCAGGAGAAAUUGAAGCAUUCCAGAAUUCAGAUUUCUUCACCUACACUCUCAUCAAUGAUGACCUAGAAAAAACCACAGAGAGGUUAUUCGAAAUCAUGGAGAAGGAAUAUGAGCAAGAGUUUAAGUAAUUCAGAAACUCAAUUUAGAAAUUAUAACUU